ACAGUACUAAAUGCUUGUGGUGCCUUUAAUUAUCACAUGCGUACAGUUAAUCAGAAGCAUUAUUUAUUAUCUCUUUGAACCAUGUAAUAUACUUUUUACAGACACGUUUAGAGCACUGAGAGAUAUCAGGUAUUGAUGUAACUGGAGUGAAUAAGGGAACCUUCUUCCUGAGCACAGACAUUGGAGCCUGUUAUCAGCAUGAACUCAUAUGUGUUAGACAAACAUGUGAAUAGUUCAUAUCCCUCCUUCACUACAGGAAGCAUCAGAAUGAUACCGCAAACUCCAAUAGUCUUAGACACCAAUGACUAUUCACAAACAUUGGGGAUAUCACAGCACAUAUAUAAAAGAGAUGUUGAAUUGGCAGGAACUGGGCAGCAAUCAUUAUGUACAGAGAGUAAUUUAGUCAUCAAACAAGAGGACAACAUUUAUGCCUUAUCUAGUAAAAUUAUUAUCCCCGAGGAUAAACCACACACAUUCAUUCAGUUUUCAAAACAUAUUAAAGAAGGGAAAAGUCUACAGUCUAGCCAAAUGAUUCAUACAAAGGAUAAACCUUUCAAAUCUACAGAAUGUGAGGAAAGCUUUAGAUGGAAGUCUCAUCUACUAGAACACUACAAAAUUCACACAGGUGAGAAACCACACACAUGUCCUGAGUGUGGCAAUUGGUUUAAAAAAAUGGAUCAUCUGAAAACGCAUGAAAGGAUUCACACAGGAGAAAAGCCUUUCACAUGUACAGAGUGUGGAAAAAGUUUUACACAAAAGAGUGAUAUGAAAAAGCAUGAAAGGAUUCACACAGGAGAAAAGCUUUUCACAUGUACAAAGUGUGGAAAAAGUUUUACACAAAAGAGUGAUCUGAGACGACAUGAAAGGAUUCACACAGGAGAAAAGCCGUUCACAUGUACAGAGUGUGGAAAAAGUUUUAAACAAAUGGUUUGUCUGAAAUAUCAUGAAAGGAGUCACACAGGGGAAAAGCCGUUCACAUGUACAGAGUGUGGAAAAAGUUUUACACAAAAGAGUGAUAUGAAAAAGCAUGAAAGGAUUCACACAGGAGAAAAGCUUUUCACAUGUACAAAGUGUGGAAAAAGUUUUACACAAAAGAGUGAUCUGAGACGACAUGAAAGGAUUCACACAGGAGAAAAGCCGUUCACAUGUACAGAGUGUGGAAAAAGUUUUACACAAAUGGUUUGUCUGAAAUAUCAUGAAAGGAGUCACACAGGGGAAAAGCCGUUCACAUGUACAGAGUGUGGAAAAAGUUUUACACAAAAGAGUGAUAUGAAAAAGCAUGAAAGGAUUCACACAGGAGAAAAGCUUUUCACAUGUACAAAGUGUGGAAAAAGUUUUACACAAAAGAGUGAUCUGAGACGACAUGAAAGGAUUCACACAGGAGAAAAGCCGUUCACAUGUACAGAGUGUGGAAAAAGUCAUAUACAAAAGAGUGAUCUGAAAAAGCAUGAAAGGAUUCACACAGGAGAAAAGCCUUUCACAUGUACAGAGUGUGGAAAAAGUUUUACACAAAAGAGUGAUAUGAAAAAGCAUGAAAGGAUUCACACAGGAGAAAAGCUUUUCACAUGUACAAAGUGUGGAAAAUGUUUUACACAAAAGAGUGAUCUGAGAAGACAUGAAAGGAUUCACACAGGAGAAAAGCCGUUCACAUGUACAGAGUGUGGAAAAUGUUUUACAGAAAAGGGUGCUCUAAAAAAACAUGAAAGGAUUCACACAGGAGAAAAGUCAUUCACAUGUACAGAGUGUGGAAAAAGUUUUACACAAAUGGUUUGUCUGAAAUAUCAUGAAAGGAGUCACACAGGAGAAAAGCCGUUCACAUGUACAGAGUGUGGAAAAAGUUAUAUACAAAAGAGUGAUCUGAAAAAACAUGAAAGGAUUCACACAGGAGAAAAGCCGUUCACAUGUACAGAGUGUGGGAAAAGUUUUACACGAAUGGAUUGUCUGAAAAAUCAUGAAAGGAGUCACACAGGGGAAAAGCCUUUCCCUUGUACAGAGUGUGGAAAAAGUUUUACACAAAUGAGUAAUCUGAAAUAUCAUGAAAGGAUUCACACAGGGGAAAAGCCGUUCCCUUGUACAGAGUGUGGAAAAAGUUUUACACAAAUGAGUAAUCUGAAAUAUCAUGAAAGGAUUCACACAGGGGAAAAGCCGUUCCCUUGUACAGAGUGUGGAAAAAGUUUUACACAAAUGAGUAAUCUGAAAUAUCAUGAAAGGAUUCACACAGGGGAAAAGCCGUUCCCUUGUACAGAGUGCGGAAAAAGUUUUACACAUAUGAGUAAUCUGAAAACUCAUGAAAGGAUCCACAAGGGAAGAAACCUUUCACAUGUGUAGAAAGUAGAAAAAAUGUUUUUAUUAAAGUCAGGUUUCACAAAACACCACAUAUUUAUACACAAAUAAACUUUAUAUACACAGUGUACAAACCUUUUUUACAAUUAUUCUAAAGAGGACAAACUCUAUAAAUAGAAGCAUCAAAAAGGAUGUUAUUGUAACUAAUAUUUACUAAAUCCCAGUUAUAAAAGCCCCAGAUUGGAAGUGCUCUCCUGCUGUCCUUUUUUCCUCUAUAUAUGUGCACCUCAGUUUCUGUCAUAUCAAUGUGAUAGAAUUCAAACACCACACAGGAAUAUACAGAUCUAUCCCCAUACUGACCAGUUUACAUAACCAUUCACCACCAAAGCACCCCCAGUGUUGCAUAUUAAUAUGCCAGUGUUUGGAGUUGUAUGUUUGAUUUACAUAGGGGAGAAAAUAAUUACAUUUACAGAAUAAAGGAGUCUUUAUAUGAAUAA